GUGUAUAUAUAGUGACCUGAUUGCUAGAGAACACACACUCACAGGAGGAGAGAUAGAGACAACCAGUACCUAAGAAGUGAGUAUUCUUGGGACAUCCAUCCGGACAUGAAGAUCCUUGUAGUUAUUGCUGUUGCUGUUUUUACUGGCUGCCAAGCCAGUGUUAUACGGCAAGAUGAGGCCAAACCUAGUAUAGAGAUGGUAAAAGAUGCAUUCUGGGAUUAUGUGUCCAAGGCAACACUGACAACUGAAGAAAUCCUGCAGAAGAUUAAGGAGUCUGAAAUGGGGCAAGAAGUCAACACUAGGAUCUCUGAGAGUGGAGAUGCCAUCAACCAGUAUGCUGUGGCCGUUAGUGGUCAGGUGACUCCUCUGACUCAGGAGCUGCUGGCUAAGAUGUCCCAGGAGGCUGAGCAGCUGAAGGCACGUCUACAGCAGGACAUUAGCUCUGUCAAGACCCAGCUGGAACCGUACAUUGAGGAGCUGACGUCAGAUAUCCAGCAGCAGGUGGAACAGUGGAAGAAGGACAUGGCUCCCUAUACAGAUGCUCAGCAAUCUGAGGCUCUAAGAGCCGCUCUGCUCCAGAAGAACGAAGAGCUGAAAAUGAGUCUGGAGAAGAGUAUGAGUGAGCUUCAGGCCAAGCUGGGACCCCAAGCAGAUGAGCUGGACAAACAUCUGCAGGACUUCCAGAAGAACAUAGCUCUGUUUGUUCAGAACAGUGAGAAGGUGCCCCAGACAUUGGAUCCGUAUGCCCAAGACCUGAAGGCCCAACUCACUGCGCUGUGGGAAUCAUUUACCAAAAACAUCCAGUAAUCAGACUUGAUCUGAUGUUUUCAUAUUUACAAUCUUGCAGUGGAGUAACAGAGAACUUUUAAAUGGCGUAAAUGACUGUUGAUUCUAGUAGCUUUUCCUUUUUUAUUUUCUUUUUAUAAUUUAUGUUUGUAUUCAAGGACAAUGCAAUAAAAUAUACUAUUUCAGAAGAAAAAACAUUAUUCCUAUAAAUUUUCUUGGAAAAGGUCUUAAGAAUACAAGACAAAAGGUACAAAUAAGCAGAACCAAUAAUACUGCACUCAAACCUUAUUGAGGCGUCCCAUUCUGGAAAAGGACAAAGGCCAUUGGAAAAUUUUGACUUGAAUUAAUUUAUCCCUGUUUGAAAGAGGUUUUUACUUGUUUUUCUGAACAAGUAAUAUACCAAACUGCAUUACAGCCACAUAACAAAGGAUAGGUUUCAUGAGAAUUAUCAAGAAGUCAUCUCAGAGUAGCUUUAUAUAAGAUCAUAGUCCUUCCUACUGUUCAUGUUUAACAGCACCUGCUAAGCAUCACAAAUUCCUUAAUACAUAAAUUCCUUAAUAAAAAGUUAUUAAUACUAUACCUACAGUACAUAUCACAUAGUAUUUUACUGUACUAUUGUAUACUGUAUAAUAUGUAUAAUAAAUCUAGUCUUGGUUCUUACACAAUA